CGCACGCGCCGCUCGCGUCUUCUCGCGCCCGGAACAUGGCCGCGCGGUCGCUGUGGGCGGUCCGGCGGCGGGUGCAGCGCCUCCUGGCCUCCUGCAUCCCGCCCGAUAGCAGGGAAUGGCUGCCCCCAUUCAGCACUGCCACACAGAGAAAUGCUGGUGAGGACUGCAGUUCUGAGGACCCUCCUGUUGACCGUGGGCCCUCUCUUGCUGAACAAGCCUUAAGGUUAAAAGCUGUUAAACUGGAGAAGGAAGUCCAGGAUUUGACAUUGAGGUACCAGAGAGCUGUAGCUGAUUGCGAAAACAUAAGGAGACGAACCCAGAGAUGUGUGGAAGACGCCAAGAUAUUUGGAAUCCAGAGCUUCUGUAAAGAUUUGGUGGAGGUGGCAGACAUCUUGGAGAACACUACUAAGUGCAUUUCUGAAGAAGUAGACCCUGAGGACCAGAAGCUCACUCUGGAGAAAGUCUUCCGAGGGUUGUCACUUUUAGAAGCUAAGCUGAAAAGUGUGUUUACCAAGCAUGGCCUGGAAAAGAUGGCACCCAUUGGUGACAAAUAUGACCCUCAUGAGCAUGAACUCAUCUGUCACGUUCCAGCUGGUAUUGGCGUGCAGCCUGGCACUGUGGCAUUAGUAAGGCAUGAUGGGUACAAACUUCAUGGUCGCACCAUUAGACUGGCCCAGGUGGAAGUGGCUGUUGAGUCUCAGAGAAGACUUUGAACAGGUCUUCAGAACUGAAUGUUCACACAGUGCAGUCACCUGUUUCCUUUAUUUAUUAAAUUAGGUUUGUAUUGUACAUGAGGUACUUCAUGUGGCUUGUUUUGGAUUUAGUCAUAUUGGCUUUGUUUCUAGUGUUUAUGACCUGUUUGGUCUCAUCACAAGUCUUGCCAUUGGGAUUUGAACAAUGUGGUGAGUACUCGUAGGACUUUUAUCAAAAUGUUUACGAAAAUUAUUUUUACAUUGGUACUCUCCUAUUUUGAAUCCAAAAUCCUCUUAAGUUUGAAUAUCCAACAGAUCAUUGGGUUUAUUAGCCCAGUGUCUGUAUUGUUACAUUUUAUGGGAAAAGUAAACAGUAGGCAUUAGUUCUACAUUUGGUAUUUAGAUGAUAAAUUACUCUCACGUAAAUUUAGAUCCUUUGGGUUGCUUUCUAUGUACAUGGUUUUUUUUCAGGAUUUCCUUUCAUUAUUUUAUAUUUAGCCAUCUUUUGUCCUUGUAGUCCCUUUAGGGGUUCUGCCCACACUGCUAUGCCAUACCUACCCCUUCCCAACCCCUUUAGAAAAGAGCUAAAAGGCCAGGCAAGUCAUGGAAAGCAGGUAGUAUUAAGAAAUGCAGAAUACUUCCUUAGUUUCAGGUAGGGAAUUCUUUUCAGCAUUUUAGGGUAUAGGUAAGGAGAGCAGCACCAACAGCAGCUGAUGACCCAAUCAGUGUGUGUAGAUCAUUACUACAUCUUUCUAUUCCCCCAGACCUGAGCCCUGCCUCUGUCACUUAGGACAGAUAGCAUAUAAAAAGAGGUGAUAAGGACAAAAAUGUUACUACAUUUCUCAUCUCAUUUAGGUAUGUUAAGAUUUUUCCCCCUUUAGUUUGUACUCACCAAUCAUUCACUACCUCUCUCACAUUAACAGACAUUACAUUUUUCUUUUUGUGGUACUGGGUCUCACGGUUCUACCAGAGCCAUGAUACUCCCAGCAAUGGCAAAGUUUCCUAAUUUUUGUAGCCAUCUUCAGUCAAAUUUGUAUAAGUGUCUAGCUCUUUUAUGUAUUGAUCUCCUAAAGUUAAUGGACAUUUCAGCCAUGUAGUGUCCUGUAAAAGAUUUGUCCAGCCGGGUGCUGGUGGCUCACACCUGUAAUCCUAGCAACUUGGGAGGCUAAGAUCUGAGG